AUGCAAUGUGCAGAUGGCGAGUUCCAGCACAUUUCUUCAUCCAAAACAUUUUUGCAGUUUUUAUUAGAGGAAGUCAGAGUUUACACGAAGCAAGGAGCAUUAAAAGACACGACAGAAUGCUCUGCUAACAACGGCUACUACAUGAUACCCGUCUACAGCAAGGGGGAGUUUGUGCUGAAGGUGGAAGGACCUCGGGGCUGGACGUUCGAACCAAGCAGCAUAGAUCUUUCCAUUGAUGGUGUAACAGAUAGAUGUUCACUCUCUCAAAAUAUCAAUUUUCAAUUCAUUGGUUUUGGUGUGUCUGGAAAAGUUAUCAGUAAGGGUCAAGAUAUUGGACCCAAAGAUGUUAGAUUGGUUUUGAAGUCUGAGAGUGGCAAGGUGGUCAGUGAAACAGUGAGUUCUGAUGGCGGGGAGUAUACAUUCAAGAACGUUCUUCCUGGCAGCUAUCUCGUCGAAGCUUUUCAUCACAAAUGGAAAUUUGACAAUAAAGAAUCUUCAGUAACAGUGCAGAAAGAAACAGGAGUCCUCACUGAGCCAAUCGUUGUUGCUGGGUUUGAUGUUCAGGGCUCACUCAUAAGUGAUGGCGAGCCAGUCUCUGGUGUGAACUUCCUACUAUACAAGACCAGCAAUGACAAAAACCGUCCAACUGAUGCAGAUAAGAUGGAUGGCUGCUCCACCGGCAGCUUACCUCAUGGUGUACCGAACUUAGAUGGAUAUCUGUACUUGUGCUACGUCACGUCGGAUAGCAAGGGGUUGUUUGAGUUCUCAUCUGUCGUCAGUGGAAGAUAUGUGCUUGUUCCCAUGUACAAGAACGACCAGAUAUCCUACGAUGUCUCUCCGAACAGGCUGAACAUUGUUGUCAAACAGGAUUCACUCAUCCUGAAGGAACCAUUCCAUGUGGCAGGAUUUGAAGUGACAGGAUAUGUUAGGACAACUGCUGAAGGUUCAGGUGUAUCUGGCGCUCUUGUAUUUGUGAACAAUGUGCAGAAAGCAACAACAAGAGAGGACGGCUUCUUUCAUCUGGGCUCAAUGAAGACAGGAACCUAUGAGAUGAAAGUUUUGAAAGAUCGAUUAGAAUUCGAUGUUGUUAAGGUCAAGGUUACACCAAGUUCACCCUUCUUACCUGACUUCAUUGUUUCCAAGUUUCAGUUAUGUGGCAAGAUAUUGUUGGAUGAAACUCAUGGUUCAUCUGCCGUUCACAAGAAAUCUCGCAUGGUUGAGUACAGAAGGAUGGAUACAUCCAUCUAUCUUACCACCCAGUCAUCAACCAAUGAUGGUCUUUUCUGCGGAUAUGUUCAACCUGGCUCAUAUAAGAUCUCUGUUCGAAUAAAUGAUGAUGAGAGAUAUGAAGGAUUCAGGUUGAUGCCCUUGCAGCAUGUAGUAACAGUAACAAGUGAAGUUGUUGACGGAGUGACUUUCUCUCAGUUCUAUGCAAAAGUAUCUGGAAUUGUUCAGUGUUUGGAACCAUGUGGAACGCUGUUCUUAACGUUAGCAAGUGCCGUGAAGUCUGAUGACUAUAAGCAGAUUGAUGUGACUGGUGAUGAUGGUCAGAGAGAGGUUGCAUUCACGUUUGAAGGGGUCAUGGCUGGAACAUAUGAACUGACGAUUCAGAAUGAAAAGUGGUGCUGGCUGCAGAAGGCACUGAAAGUGAACAUCAUUGAUAAGAACGUGAGCGAUUUGAAGGUGGUUCAUUCUGGAUACUUGGUCGUCACCAGUCUCUCCCAUCAGGCUAAAGUGAUUUUCAGGAAAAGUUCAAGGUCAGAAAACCCUCUACCCACCUCGUCAUCUCAUGCAUCGGCACCACUUUCAUUUGAAGUAAGUCCUGGUUUGAAUAAAUUUUGUCUGAAGGAAGCAGGGGAAUACGAAGUGAACGUGGAAUCCUGUCAUCAGUUUGAACCAGAUGUCUAUCGAUUUGACACAUCGGUUGGAGGUGUGUUGUUGUUGACUGCGACAAGGCACCCUAUUGAAAUAUCCUUAACAACCAAACAAAAAGCUGAUCAAAUAUAUGCCAGUAUCAAAAAAAUGGGAAGCAACAAGAACGAUGAAGUUAUUGGUGAGGUACUCCAGGUUGGUCCACUGCUUCUCAGCAGCUCAGAUGCCAAACUAACUACAUUUGAAUACCAGCUGACUUACUGGGCCAGAUCAGAAGAGAGGCUUUCUAUAUCACUUCAGUCUGAAGUUCUGCUGUUUGAUCCUCAGGUUGUUCAGCUCAAUGUAGCUUCAGAUCACUGUCCAUCUGGUAGAGCAGAGUUUGCUGGCAGGAUGGGAGCAUUUGUUGAGGGCUUCGUAGUGCCUCCCAUACCCGCUGUCAAUGUUCUCGUCAAGUUUAUACAAGAUGGAAGGGAGCUCGUUGCAAUGACUGAUGCACAAGGAAAAUAUAGGAUUGGUCCAGUGGAUGCUGACCUGACGUACACAACAGCCGUCUCCAAGAAUGGCUACACGUUUAGUGAUUCCUCCGUGACACCUGGUGUCUUCCAUGCAUACAAGUUGGCUGAAGUCGUCGUGAAGGUGCAUGACGCGACAACAGGAGAACAUCUGCCUGGAGUUUUGUUGUCACUAAGUGGUAGUGAAUCGUUCAGAAGGAAUAACGUUACCAGCAUCGGCGAAGACGAGCUGGCCUUCUCAAAUCUUGGACCAGGUGAUUAUUUCUUGAAGCCAAUGAUGAAGGAGUAUGAGUUUGAACCAUCGUCGUACUCAGUCAGGGUCAAAGAAGGUGCAACUGUCAACAUUCAGAUCACAGCUCGCAGAGUUGCUUACAGUUGUUUUGUCCAUGUAACGUCAUUGAAUGGCGAACCGGAAGUGGGUGUGUUCCUAGAAGCCGUCAGUGAGGCCGCUAGUAAGAGUGAAGAUGUUGGAAGUCAAUGUCAAGGUCACCAGGAAGAAGGGAGGACUGGAUCUGAUGGAUCUGUCAGGAUUAGAGGAUUGAAGCCGGGAUGUACUUACGCGUUAAGACUAAGGAGCCAUGGAAUGGAUGACGUGGACGAUCCCAACUACAUUUACGAAAGGAUAUCUCCUAGACACAUUACUUUGCAAGUGGACAAAGAAGACUUGCACAAUCUCAGAUUUAUUGCCUUCAGGAAGGUUAACACCAUGGACCUUAGUGGCAGGAUCGUAACUAAUCAAGAGUAUAUUUCAUCCAUUAAAGUGCACCUCUUUGAAAACUCCAAUCCUGACAACCACAUCCACUCAACUUCUCUUGACGUUUCACCUUUUUUCACAUUUUCAUCCAUUCCGCUGGACAAUAAGGACUACACAAUAAAACUGAGCAGUGGCUUGUCAAGAAGCAUGUACACUUACGCGUUGCCAGAAGUCCAUUUCAAGACCAAUCAAUCAUACAAACAUUUUGUCAUUCAUUUUCAUGUACAGCCGAAGCAGACAGAACAAGAACUGAAGCAUAGUUCCCUCCUUGUCUUGCCAGUUGUGCUCAUCUUGCUCUACCUUUGUUUCAACUAUAAACAAAUGUUCCCUGUAUUCACACACUUUUUAUCUGGACUUGUGGACAGUGGAAAAUCAUUUGUGAAGAAGUCCUCAAACAAAACAUCGCCUGCAACACAGCAGCAGCAGCAACAACAACAACAGCUGUUGGAAAGCUUAGGUAUCAGUGAAACCUGUUUGUUCGGAGAAAGCGCUUUAAAAAAAAGAUUAAAAGCAAAAAAGAUUUGAAUUAUAAAUUCAUUUUAUGUUGUAAAAUUUUGUAAUGUAGUGAUUAAAUUAAAUGUUUACAUAUAUGUUUUUUAAUUUAUUGUGUUGCAAGCAUUUAGGAAAAUAUAGAGACGCUUCAAAUGAGGUAAGAUCGGUCAAGCACGGCAUUAUUGUUAGUGGCAAAGAGAUUCUUUUAUAUUAUUGUAACACUUGACUCUCGUAACUAACAACACCAAUCUUAUAACUUCAAUAACCUCUAUAUUUCCAACGAUCGUCAAGUGUUCGUUAUUCCGUAGGUUCACGAUUUACGAUAGAUGAACACAACUGCUUCAAACGCAAACUUUAUUGAACGUUUAUUUAACUACACAGUAAUAGACACUCUAAACUAAUCCAAGUAACUAAAUAAAUCGCAUUUCGACCUUGCCUUCUCUGAUUGAAAACUGAUUGCUUUCUGCAUCUACGCGGGGCCUAUAAUAUAGGCUGAUUUUUAUGAUCAAAAGGUUAUAAAUAUCUUUUUUAUGCUAUCCUCUCUCCAACGAUUACAAAUAUAGCAAAACACCAAUAAUUACGUUAACAAAUAAUAUAGCGCAAUUUGAUCAUUCCAGCGGUUGCAACAAUAUUUUAGUCCGCGCACCAUUA